AUGUAUUUGGCAGCCACUGGGAUGUUGGUGGUGAUGAAUAAGAUCCAGCCAUCUCAACUCGUCGAAGAACAGCGCAAUGCUGCGAGGCUGUUUAAGCAGCUUCAUGGCCAGAUUCAAAGAACACUCUCUUGUGGCACUCCUACUAGUAACGAUGUUGAGGAAGCCAUGGAGAAAGUUUUGGCACUGGACAAGGCAUUCCCGCUUCCUUUACUAGGAGCCAUGCUUGAUAAAUUCCCCGAAACUGUGGAACCUGCUGUAUGGUGGCCGCAGCACAGGCAAAGACAGGAAAGGCAUAGUGGCAGAACAGAUGGAAAUGGUUGGAGUGUGGAGUUGGAGGAAGAAAUGAGAGAAGUUGUUGGGGUUUUGAAGAGGAAGGACACUGAAGACUAUUUGAGGCUGGGCAAAAUAGCCUUGAAAGUCAACAAGAUACUCGCCAUUUCUGGCCCCUUAUUGACAGGCUUAGCGGCUUGUGGAACUGCGUUCGUGGGAUCUUCUCAUGGUCCCUGGGCCGCGACACUAGGAGUCGUAGCUGGAGCCAUGGCAAGCGUGGUGAACACAAUGGAGCAUGGCGGGCAAGUGGGCAUGGUGUUUGAGAUGUAUAGAGGCAACGCAGGCUUCUUCCGGCUGAUGGAAGAGAGCAUAGAGUCAAAUCUGAAUGAAAGAGAUGUGGGGAGAAGAGAGAAUGGGGAAUUGUUUGAAUGA